GAUGUAUACUAUUCUUCUUCGAUCUCUUCUUCUUUGAUCUUUUCUCUGAAGCCAUAACAGAGCAAGUCGUGACUCGUGAGCAACAACAAGGAUGAAUCUUUCUCCGUUCAAGAGAGAUAUCGAUGAGCUCAUAGACGAGUUUGUGGAGGGUGAUUUGACAACGUAUGCUGAUAUGAAGAGCGUGUGGCUAUCCCGAAAUUUUUCUUAUAUAUAUGAUGCUAGUCCUAACAGCAACUUAGCCUUUUUCAUGCAGUCACUAUAUGUUCAUACCAUCGGUAACAUGGUUAGUAUUGAUUCCUUUUCACGGAGACUUGGAGGUCUCUACUGUCUCUAUUGCCUUCAUGAGAUCCAACCCUUUAAACCCAAGUUCAGAAUUUAUAUCUCACUUCAAGAGCUCGGGAAAUUUAGGGACCUUGUAGUUGAGGCAAAAGAUAAAGGUGUAGAGAUAGCUGCUGCUGUGGCAAAACAAAUGCUUGAUAAGAACAUGUUUAUCUUUGGAGCUGUAGAGGAAGCUUCUGCAACCAGGAAAGUUAAUCAAUUAACAGAGCUACAGAACGCACGUGUGCGGUUUGCCUAUGAUAGGUUAAUCUCUGACACUAGUAUUGAGCAAUUUAUUCAUUUGGAUAUGGGUAAGGAAGUUAAUCUGAAUUCCCUAGAUAAAAUGUCUAUAGAAUAUGCAGAGGCCAAGAAGCGUGCAAUUGAAGGUGCAGGACAAAUAAUGGAGAUUGAGGACAUAAAGCACAUAUCAGAAGAGAAAGAGUUGAUGGGAGAGAGAAUGGAGAAACUGAAAGAGGAAUGGGAUUCACAAAGACUUUCAUUUUAUGAACAAACCAAGCUUGAUGGUCUUACUACGACACCGGAACUGUUGAAAGAUGUGGAACAUGAUGAAGACGAUGGGUUUGAUGAGCUUGAUCGCUUACUUUCUCAAAGCUAGUUUUGCCAUUGCAAUCGCCAUUCAAGGUUGAUGGAUGCCCGCGGCGCGGAUGAAAAACUCUCUGUAGUUAUGGCAUUUACAAGUAAGGUUUUGCGUCAGUCAAACUCUGUAUCAAAUGUUUAUUUUUCUGGCUCUGACGAUGAAUUUUUGAUUAGGUAAAAUAUCAGAGUCAGGUUGUUGAAGAGAGCUACACACAAAUCUCGUUAAAUCAAGAGAGCAACAUGUUUGAUUAGGAGAAUAUAUUGGUUAGUAAAUUCUGUAUCUAACAAGGGGAUUAAGAAACCUUAGUUCCGGUGUUUCUUACUAUUGGAAAAUAUGUAGUUUGUCAUAUUCUCGAGUAUAGGUGUUUAGAAAUAUGUAAAUCCAUCAAGAGAUAUCAUAUAACCCAAAGAAUAAUCAUUGAUUAUAAUUGUUGACACACAAAAGAUGAUAAAUUAGCAGAACAUCUAAUUUAUCAAGGACUUGAUCUUGUUUUCAUAUACGUCAUAAAGCUGUCUGAGGUAUACAUUUAUCUA